UUAAAAUAAUUAGCAACUCACCCUCGCACCCUUUAAAAUUAUGGACAGUCCUGAGACACCCUUUAAAAUUAUGGACAGUCCUGAGACACCCUUUAAAAUUAUGGACAGUCCUGAGACACCCUUUAAAAUUAUGGACAGUCCUGAGACACCCUUUAAAAUUAUGGACAGUCCUGAGGCACCCUUUAAAAUUAUGGACAGUCCUGAGGCACCCUUUAAAAUUAUGGACAGUCCUGAGGCACCCUUUAAAAUUAUGGACAGUCCUGAGGCACCCUUUAAAAUUAUGGACAGUCCUGAGACACCCUUUAAAAUUAUGGACAGUCCUGAGGCACCCUUUAAAAUUAUGGACAGUCUGUAGGCACCCCAUUCUAAAAUGGG